AUGAAGGUGUCACUCACUCUUUAUGCGGCUGCAUUGCAGCUGGCAGAUGCCGCUGUAGUACAAAAGCGAACAGUCGAUGUUGCUGAGCUAGAACACUUCUGGUCCUAUGGACGCUCAGAGCCUGUUUAUCCCACCCCUGAAACAAGCGGAUUGGGAGACUGGGAAGAGGAGUUCACUAAAGCCAAGUCUCUCGUGGCACAGAUGACCGAUGAUGAGAAGAAUAACAUCACAUAUGGUCAUACGUCUACGACAAAUGGCUGUUCCGGAAUGACUGGCAGUGUUCCUCGACUGGGAUACCCAGGAAUGUGUCUCCAAGAUGCAGCAAGCGGUGUACGGGGAACUGACAUGGUCAACGCUUACGCCUCUGGUCUCCAUAUUGGGGCUUCGUGGAACCGUGACCUCGCCUAUGAACACGCUCAUUAUAUGGGUGCAGAGUUUAAGCGCAAGGGAGCAAAUGUUGCUCUUGGACCUGUUGUAGGCCCGUUAGGCCGCAUGGCCCGGGGUGGUCGCAACUGGGAAGGAUACAGCAAUGACCCCUACCUCUCUGGCUCCCUUGUUCAGAACACUAUCCGUGGUCUGCAGGAGUCCGUCAUUGCCUGCGUCAAGCACUUCAUUGGAAACGAGCAGGAGACGAACCGCAACACUCCACAACUACUGGAUAACAGCUAUAACCAGUCCGUCUCAUCCAACAUUGAUGAUAAAACUAUCCACGAGCUCUACUUGUGGCCCUUCCACGAUGCAGUCAAAGCUGGUGCGGGUGCCGUCAUGUGCAGCUACAAUCGCAUCAACAACAGCUAUGGAUGUCAAAACAGUAAGACCUUGAACGGUCUGCUCAAGGGUGAACUAGGGUUCCAAGGCUUCGUCGUCUCUGACUGGAAUGCCCAGCACACGGGUAUUGCCAGUGCGGCGGCAGGUCUUGACCUGGUCAUGCCUGACUCUGUCUACUGGGAGAACGGCAACCUAUCGUUGGCUGUCCGUAAUGGAUCGCUCUCGUCCACGCGUCUCGAUGACAUGGCAACCCGCAUCGUCGCUGCCUGGUACAAGUAUGCAGAGCUAGAAGACCCCGGCUUUGGCAUGCCUAUCAGUCUCCUGGGACCCCAUGUACCAGUUGACGCUCGCGACCCUGCCUCCAAGACCACUAUUCUCCAGGGGGCUAUCGAAGGCCACGUCCUUGUCAAAAACACAGGCAACGCCUUGCCUUUGAAGGAGCCCAAGAUCCUGUCACUUUUCGGUUAUGAUGCCAUCGCCGCGCAACGCAAUACCAUGGAUGACCUCACCAACCCCUCCGAAAAUGGCCCUGGUGUGGCCUUGAAUGGUACCAUGAUCUCCGGGGGUGGCUCCGGCUCCAGCACUCCAUCCUACAUCGACGCGCCAUUCGAUGCCUUCCAACGCCAAGCCUACGAAGACAACACCUUCCUCGCCUGGGACUUUGCCUCUCAGUCUCCAGUCGUGAACCCCGCUAGUGACGCAUGUCUCGUCUUCAUCAACGAAGCCGCAGCUGAAGGUUGGGACCGUCCGUACGUGGCCGACCCCUACUCUGACACUCUGGUCGAGAAUGUCGCCUCCCAAUGCAACAACACCAUGGUGAUCAUCCACAACGCCGGUAUCCGUCUCGUCGACCGUUGGGUCGAGAACCCCAACAUCACUGCCGUCAUCUACGGCCAUCUCCCCGGUCAAGACAGUGGUCGCGCCCUCGUCGAGAUCAUGUACGGCAAACAAUCCCCCUCUGGCCGUCUUCCCUACACCGUCGCCAAGAACGCCUCGGACUACGGUGCCCUCCUGAACCCGGUCGUCCCAUCCGGAACCAUGGAUCUGUAUUACCCACAAGACAACUUCACUGAGGGUGUCUAUAUCGAUUACAAGGCCUUUGAGCAGAAGAACAUCACUCCCCGUUACGAAUUCGGCUAUGGUCUCACCUACUCCACGUUCGAUUACUCCGGUCUCAAGAUCUCCGUCCACAGCGGCGUGAACACUGACUACCUACCUCCCAACUCUACCAUCGAGGAAGGCGGUAUUUCCGCCCUCUGGGAUGUAGUGGCUACGGUUACCUGCUCGGUCUCGAACACUGGCUCUGUCGCUGCGGCGGAAGUCGCUCAGCUCUAUCUGGGCAUUCCUGGUGGUCCAGCGAAGGUCCUCCGUGGCUUCGAGAAGAAGCUUAUCCAGCCGGGAAAACACACGAAGGUCCAGUUUGAUUUGACGAGACGGGACCUCAGUUCAUGGGAUGUGGUGAACCAAGCUUGGGGAUUGCAGAAGGGUGAUUAUUCGGUUUAUGUGGGGAAGAGUGUGCUUGAUACCCAGUUGACGGGGACGUUGACGAUCUAA